AGAAGCAGAAGAAGAAUGAGAUCAACAGAUGACUUUGCUUCUGUACCACUCAGCUUUCUUUUUUAUUCUUACAGAUGAGUGCCAGACCAAGUAUGGGAAUGCUAAUGCCUGGCGUUAUUGCACCAAAGUCUUUGACAUGUUAACAGUUGCAGCUCUGAUGGACGAGCAAAUCCUGUGUGUCCAUGGAGGCCUCUCUCCAGACAUAAAGACCCUGGACCAAAUUCGAACCAUUGAGCGGAACCAGGAAAUCCCUCACAAAGGAGCUUUUUGUGAUUUGGUGUGGUCAGACCCUGAAGAUGUGGAUACCUGGGCCAUCAGCCCCAGAGGAGCUGGUUGGCUUUUUGGUGCCAAGGUCACAAAUGAGUUCGUCCACAUCAACAACCUGAAGCUGAUCUGCAGGGCUCAUCAACUCGUCCAUGAGGGCUACAAGUUCAUGUUCGAUGAGAAGCUGGUAACUGUGUGGUCAGCUCCCAACUACUGCUACCGCUGUGGCAACAUAGCCUCCAUCAUGGUCUUCAAAGACGCUAACACGAGAGAGCCCAAACUGUUCAGAGCAGUGCCCGACUCUGAAAGAGUCAUCCCGCCCCGAACAACAACACCUUAUUUCCUGUAAGCAGGUCAAAGCUCAAACACAGGCAUUUGUGCAGUGCACAGUGCUGGCGGGGACAGCUGCAUCAGCACUUGAGAGCCCAUAUACAUUUAAUACAUUUAGAGUAUCUACAGUGCAUUUUUGGUGCCAACUGUCAAUUGCUACUCCCACUCUGUGCAUUCAAUACCAUUAUUCUGCAGCUUAAAUCAGUACAGCAAAGGAGGCUUGCUGAGCAGUGUCACACUGCUGGUGUGUAACAGAAAAGAAGAAAGUUGGCUAACCCCUGUAAAAUAUUCAUAUUUAUAAAUCAACAUACGUUGUCACUGCUAAGCAAACUGUGCGCAGUGUCCUAAAGACUCUUCUAUUGUAGCUUCUUAUGUAAAUACAGCUGCGUGUCAGAGGAGAACGCACUGCACAAACGGAAACGUUGUAUCUGUCCAACCAAGUUUCAAAAGAGGUGUCCUCCUCAUGUGAUAUCAUAAAUGAAUAAAUAUGUAAACCAGAGAGUUGAUGUAUUAAAUAAAAUGUAUUCUUUCCUAUCUUGUUGGAAAUAUCAGUAUUGUUAAAUCCAUGGUACCCAAACUUUCAACAAUCUGCUCUUGUAAUUAUAUUUUUUCUGUGUGUUGCUUUAAAUAAAGAAGUCCAAAAAAUUCUGAUUUCACGUUGCUGCUUGGAAGAAGAGCCAAGAAUGACCCC